AUGAUGAGUUUUGAGAAUGACAAAGUUCUCCCUAGAUUCAUCAAGACAGCCGUGGUCGAUACGCCAAUGUCCUACAAGACCGACCAAACAACCGGCCGCACCUUAUACCGCUGUCAUAACAAUUUUGGUAGCUUAUACCUUGAAGAUAUCCAAAACAUGAUUCCAAAAAUCACAGAUUUUGGUUCUGCUGUACACUUUCCCGGAGUUCACCCAGACGACAAAUCAAAGACGGGAGAAGUGUUACUAGGUCCAAUUCAGCCAAACUACUAUCGCUCGCCUGAAGCUAUUCUUGGUUAUGGCUGGAACUACAGCACGGACAUUUGGAAUUUCGGUGUCAUGUUAUGGAAUAUCAUUGAAGGAACAGAGCUAUUCACCCAAGUUGAACAUCCCAACCGCCACUACGAUGCCCCGUCACAUUUAGCUGAAAUGAUAGCUUUACUCGGUCCACCACCAAAGGAAGUAAUUGAAAGGUCUAACAAUGUCUCGCAGAUUGAGUUUGACUCCCCUAUUACCCUGGUACCGGGAGGGCCAUGCAAAAAUACCCAGGAAAUGUUUUGCGGUCCUCACUUUGACGAAAAUGGUAGCGAGUUCCUUCACAAGAGCCUCAUUCCAGACCGCAAGCUAGAGGACACGGUACCAUCGCUUGACGGCGAGGAGAGGGAGCUGUUUCUCUCAUUCGCUAGAGACAUGCUCACUUGGAUUCCGGCCGACAGAAAAAGUGCUCGUGAGCUCGUUGAACAUCCGUUCCUUAGCUUUGGAGGGCGUGAUCAUCGCGAUUUCCUUGGACUAGGCCAAAGCUAG